AAUACACACAUAAUAAACAGCGUGAUACACCUCAAUCAAUUUUGCCCUCUUCUCGUAGAUCUAGGGCUUAGCAGAUUUCGUCCAUUUCAAUAAUUUCAGGGGUUUGAGAUCCAGGCUAAAAUUUCCGAAUUCCUGUUUCUCGAUCCCUAAACUUUGAAUCCAUCGGGAUCAAGCAUAUAUGUUAUUGAGGUGUUGAUAAUUUGAUCUGGCACAAUGUCGGUGAAGAGCAAUGCCUCGAUUAGGGAUCGUACGCAGGAGUUUUUAGGGAUUGCGGAGAGGGCAAAGAAGUCAGUAUCGUUGCAGAAUGGCCCCAGCAGCAGCCGAUCCAAGCGCGAGGACCCGCCGCGGUCGGCGGUGGCGAUGCAAUCGGAAUUUAACCGGAGGGCAUCCAAAAUUGGGUUUGGGAUUCAUCAGACGUCGCAGAAGCUAGCUAAGCUGGCAAAGCUGGCAAAGAGGACAUCUGUGUUUGAUGAUCCUACCAUGGAAAUCCAGGAGCUUACUGCACUCAUCAAGCAAGAUAUAACAGCUCUUAACUCUGCUGUAGUUGAUCUACAGUUUCUCUCCAAUUCACGCAAUGAGAGCACCUCCAGUGACACCACAACUCAUUCCACUACGGUUGUCGAUGAUCUAAAGAAUCGUUUGAUGAGCACCACAAAGGAGUUCAAGGAAGUUUUAACCAUGCGAACAGAGAACCUCAAGGUUCAUGACAACAGAAGGCAGUUGUUUUCGUCUUCUGCUUCCAAGAGCCAUGCAAAUCCUUUUGUUCGCCAGCGUCCUUUGGCUGCAAAGGCUUCGACCAGUAACUCAGCUGCCACACCUCUUCCAUGGUCUGACGGCACACAAACUUCAUCCCAAUUAUUUCCCAAGAAUCAGGUCGAUGGGGAGUCCCAGCCUUUGCUGCAGCAGCAACAAAAUCAACAACAACAACAGCAAAUUGUUCCCGUACAGGACAGCUACAUGCAGAGUAGAGCUGAGGCUCUUCAAAAUGUGGAGUCUACAAUUCAUGAGCUGGGAAGUAUCUUCAAUCAGUUGGCUACUCUUGUAUCGCAGCAAGGAGAGAUUGCUAUCAGGAUCGAUGAAAACAUGGAAGACACACUGGCAAAUGUGGAGGGAGCACAAGGUGCUCUGCUCAAGUACCUCAAUAGCAUCUCGUCGAAUCGGUGGCUAAUGAUCAAGAUAUUCUUUGUGUUGAUUUUCUUCCUCACGAUAUUCCUUUUCUUCGUGGCCUAGUGAUGAGCCGUUUUAUCUUCUCACACAGGAAGAUAACUCAUCGCCGUGUGUCUGCCGUAUAAUUUUCCAAAAUGUUUUGUAGUAAAAUUCUUUCUUUUGUAUAUCAGGAAACGCUAUUUUUCAUGAGCUUCGUAUGUGUAUUCUUACUAUAAGGUGAAGUUCAAGAGAAGAACUUCGGUUUGAAGUGUAAUGAAAAAUUCUAUAUUUUAAUUUUGUGUUUGUAUGAUAAUGCUUUGUUGCUUCCA